GGCGGAACCGGCCGGAGGCGAGGGGGAACCGGGGGUUCCCCCGCCAUGGAGAAGUUCGGGAUGAACUUCGGGGGCGGCCCCAGCAGGAAGGAGCUGCUGGAGACCAUCGAGACGCAGAAGCAGCAGCUCCUGCGCUUCCAGGCGCGCCUCAAGGACGUCGUCCACGCCUACAAGAGCCUGCUGAAGGAGAAGGAGGCGCUGGAAGCCAGCCUGAAGGCGCUCUCCGUGUCCCACGACGGGGAGCUGCCCGUGCCCCCGCCUGCAGCCACGGACUCCCCGGAUGACCGGAGCUCGGAGCACAGCGAGGACAGCGCGGGCACGGCCGCCAGCGCGGACACCGCGGCCAGCCCGCCCGGGGGGGACGAGGAGGACAGACCCGCGGGCGGCCCCUCCCCGAGGGCCGAGGAGCCGAGCGGCGCCGAGGGCGGGGAGCCGAGCGCCGGCGAGCCCGAGCGGCGGCUGCAGCAGCUGAAGGCGCAGCUGGCCACGCUGACGGGCGCGCUGGCCACCGUGACGCAGGAGAAGUCGCGCAUGGAGGCCUCGUACCAGGCGGAGCGGCGGCAGAUGAAGCAGGAGCUGGAGGAGGUGGCGGCGCGGGCGCGGGCCGAGGCCGAGCGGCUGCAGGAGCUGCAGGAGCAGCUGGCCCAGACCCGCGGCCGCCUCCUGGAGCAGCAGCGCGAGCGGGAGCGCGAGCAGGGCGACCACGGGCUGAUGCUGCGCGAGCUGCAGGAGCUGCUGCGCGCCGAGCGCGACGGGCGCCGCGCCGCCGAGCAGGAGCUGCAGCAGGCCCGGGAGGCGCUGGCCGGCACCGCCGGCACCGCGGAGCGAGCCCAGGGCCACGAGCAGCAGGCGCGGCAGCUGAGCCAGGAGCUGGAGGAGCUGCGCAGGGAGCUGCAGGGCGUGCGAGAGGAGAGCGGCAGGGCCGACCCGCGGAUCCAGGAGCUGCAGGAGGAGAUGGCCGGCCUCAAGAACCACUUCCAGCUGCAGCUGGUGCAGGAGAUGAAGAAGACAGCCCAGGCCGAGGAGCAGCUGCGGCAGCGCUCGCAGCGGGAGGAGCAGCGCGUGGCCGAGCUGGAGGCCCAGGUGUCCCAGGUGUCCGAGCUGCUGGGCACCUACGAGAAGGCCAAGCAGAGGGACCAGGCCACCAUCCAGAGGCUCAAGGACCGCAUCGUGCAGCUGGACCUGGAGAACAAGACCUUGGCCAUCGCCGCCUCCAGCCGCUCCCUGGGCGAGGUGGCUGUGGAGGAGGCCACCCUGGACGUGAGCGUGCUCAAGGAGAAGAUGGAGAAGCUGCGGAAGCUCCUGCAGGCGGCGGCCGGGAAGGGCGCGGAGGCGGAGGAGCCGCAGGAGCCGGAGCCGUCCCCGAGCGGUGGGGACGGGGACAAGGCCCCGGGCGGGCACUGCCAGCAGGAGCUCAGGCAGCUCAAGGAGGAGUUUGAGCGCUACAAGGUGCGGGCGCAGCAGGUGCUCAAGAGCAAGGCCAGCAAGGACGUGGGGCUGGCCAGGGAGCUGGAGGAGGCGCGGGAGCAGCUGGCGGAGCUCCAGGACAAGCACGUGCUGCUGCAGCUGGCCGCGGACGACGCGGAGAAGCGGCACCGGCAGGAGCUGGAGGCCCGGAAGCAGGAGCUGUCCCAGCUGCAGCAGCUGCACCGGCAGGAGCUGGAGCGGUGCCAGCUGCAGUUCCGGGAGCGGGCGCUGCGCCUGGAGGAGGAGAUGCACAAGCAGCGGGACCGGGCGCUGGCCGUGCUGGCCGAGAAGGACCGGGAGCUGGAGCAGCUCCGCGCCCUCGCGCUGCCCCACGGCCCCAAGGGCUCCCGGGAGGGCGGGCCCGGCCCCGGGGACGCUCCCAGCCAGGACUCCUCGGAGAUCCUGCCCCAGGAGCUGCAGCUGUGCUCCGGCUCCGAGCCCACCUUCUUCCUGUACGCGGAGCAGCUGGCGCGCAAGGAGGUGGAGAUCGCGGCGCUGCGCAAGCACCGGCACCGGCUGGAGGUGCAGCUGCACCAGCUGCAGGGCAGGGCCCUGGCCGAGGAGGACCGGCACCGCGAGGAGGUGGCAGCGCUGCGGGACGAGAUCCAGAAGAACUGCCGCGAUAAGAGCAGGGAAGGAGCCAACCUGGAGUACCUGAAGAACGUGGUGUACCGGUUCCUGACGCUGCCGGACGCGCGGGGCCGCCAGCAGACGCUCACGGCCAUCCUGGCCAUCCUGCACUUCAGCCCCGAGGAGAAGCUGAGCAUCGCCAAGAGCUCGGCCCACGGCUCCUGGUGGCCCCACGGGAAGAGAUGAGGGCUGGGUUUUAUUCCCUUUGCUGUAAGAGCUCCUUCCCGAGGACUGACCAAAACCUCGUCCCAGCCACGCUCGCACCUCUCUGGGAUUUGGGCUCCAGCUGGGGUUCUUAGCACUAACUUGCCAGGAUUUGGGCUCCAGUUGGGGUUCUUAGCACUAACUUGCAGUGAGGUUGUGCCAACUUUUCCAGCCCCAAAGCCUCUGUGGUGGGAAUUUGCUUUGAGUUGAGACUUGAUUUGGAAACCAUGGAAUUGAAGAUGCUGAGGUUUUUUAAAGGUGGUUUAAAAGCAAUCCCUACUUGUCA